AUUAUUGCCGUAAAGAUCAUAGGCUAGAGCAAACACGGGGUCUGAAUCGUUUGAUCCUCGCUUCAAGUCCAUUAAAUGAAUCGCCAAUAACAUUCUAAAACUAAAAAAUGGGAAUUAUUUUGUAUAAUUAUCAUUCACUGCUCUCAAAUUCAUUUAUUACCAAAAGACCCACUUCAUCAGAUUUUUCUCUUCACCAGGUCCGCUCCUUCAUUCCUUCACGCCCUCAGAUCAUCACAGGAACAUUGAAGAUGGCCCAGCAAAGUUCUACACAAAACCCAAUAAUGCAGCAACAGAAAAUCGUAAUUACAAACAACAACAGUGAGAAACUUGUUGGUAUAUUGAAUGAAACUGGAUCUACAGAGAUCGUGAUCUUGUGCCAUGGUUUUCGAUCCUCAAAGGAGAGCAACACUAUGGUGAACCUUGCUGUUGCUUUAGAAAAUGAAGGACUCAGUACCUUCCGUUUUGACUUUGCUGGAAAUGGGGAAAGUGAAGGUACAUUUCAGUAUGGUAACUAUUGGAGAGAGGCUGAAGACUUGCAUGCGGUAAUUCAACACUUCAGUGGGGCAAACCGGCUAAUAAGUGCGAUUCUUGGUCAUAGUAAAGGAGGCAAUGUCGUGCUCCUAUAUGCAUCUAAAUAUCAUGAUAUCUGCACGGUUGUCAAUGUUUCUGGCCGUUAUAAUCUGAAGGGAGGCAUUGAAGAUCGCUUGGGUAAAGACUUCAUUGAAAGAAUCAAGAAGGAUGGUUUUAUUGAUGUUAAAAAUAGAUCAGGAGAAGUUGAUUAUCGCGUGACUGAGGAAAGUGUGAUGGAUCGCUUAAACACAAAUAUGCAUGAAGCAUGCCUCAAGAUUGACAAGGAAUGCAGGGUUUUGACGGUCCAUGGAUCUGCUGAUGAAGUUAUCCCGAUCAAAGAUGCAUUGGAGUUCGCCAAAAUCAUACCUAACCACAAAUUACACAUGGUAGAAAGAGCAGAUCAUUGUUAUACUUCACAUCAAACUGAAUUAGCUUCUGUUGUUAUCCCGUUCAUCAAGGAAGGUCUGCAGCAAGGCAAGGAUAUUUCUCAGUACUCUUGUGUCCAGUGACCAACAGACCUACAUAUUUAGUUCUUAGCGGAAACGACCACUGAUUUUGUGAGAGAUGUUUGAGCCAAACUGCAUCUGGAGCUUAUUAAGCAGGAAACUCCUCCUCCAUCAUCCCCAUUGUUGGUUCCUGAUAAACAGAAUUAGGGUUUAAGCAUCAAUUGCUACUUGAUACACGGCUGAUUCGACCAACACUAUGUUCUCUCUGACGCAUAAUGAAUUAAGCAGGAAACUACUCCUUCCUCAUCCCCUUGUUUCCUUGCAACAUUUGUUGUGGUUAAGCUUGAAUUUCAGAAUUGUUAUUAACUUUGUAUAUACAUUUUCUUUUUCUACC